CGGCAAUGUUGGCAUCUUCAAAAACAAAAUGUGUUCUCAUCUACGCCAGGCCACCUUAUUGAUAGUUUGAAAGUUUGAAGCAACUUUAUUUAGUUGAAACGUGCUUAAAGUGUGUAAUUGUGAUUCUUUAAGGAAAAAUCAAGCAGUCUACUUACAUCAAACAUCUUGCUUUGACUGAGAGAGCAUAAUGAAUGAAAUUGUGAAAAUAGAACCCAUGGAACAUGGCUAUCAAAAAGUCAAAACAGAAGCAACGGAAACUGAUUCAAACAUGUACAGUGCUGACUUGGAAUAUAAGGAUUUCUUCCCAAUCAAAGAUGAAUUGGUCAUCAAAAAUGGAGAUAGUAAAGUUGAAACAGAAACACAAGAAACUGUCUUAAACAUAUAUAGUGCUGAUUUUGGAUAUAAGGAUGUUAAGAUAGAAGCUGAUGACAUGAAUAUUAAAGCAGAGCGAACAGAGGAUGACCCAAAUACUUGCAGUGUUGAUUUCAAAUUAACCAAUGAAGAAUUAGACAUCAAAGAGGAGGAUGAAGCAUUAUCUAGGAAAGUUUCAGAAAGGAAGUAAAAAUAAUUUAUUUCAGUGACCUGAAUCAAAUACGCCCUGGAGGGCACUGCCAUGAGGAAUUAAGUGCAAAUUUGUAUAGCAACAAUUAUUACAAUGAUAUCAAUUGCGAUAAGUUCUGUCCUACCAAUCCUAUGGAUGAUCACAGCCAUGGGACGUGCGUUCAUUGUAAUGAGGAGUUCACGUCGGAGACACAUUUUGAUGACCAUAUAAAAAUGAAGCAUCCCGAAUUUGCUGCAUCUGUGUCUAAUAACAUACAUGAAUGUAUACACUGUGCACACAAAACCACCAGUGAACGUGAAUUGUCCCAGCAUAUGUUAAAACACAAGACCCAUUUGUGUAUUUACUGUAACUCAACAUUCAGACUAAAAGUAAGCUUGGAUGAACAUGUAAUCAAGAAACAUCCUGAGUUUAUUGAAUUGGUUUCAAGUAAAAUACACGAAUGUAAAUAUUGUACUUAUAAAACUGCUAAAAAGGACCGUUUAGAUAAACAUAUCUAUGAACAUUCUCCAGCAGAAGGUAGCUAUGAGUACAACACAUGUAUUCAUUGUAAUGCAACAUUCAAAAUUAAGAGAUAUCUCGAUAACCAUACGAUAAAAAAACACCCAGACUUUAUUUCAUCUGUUUCUACUAAAAUACAUAAUUGUAAACAUUGUGCGUAUAAAACGAUUUACAAAAAAUGUUUAACUCUACAUAUGCUGAAACAUACGGCAGAUAGUUACUCUAUGCGCAUCUGCUGUCGUUACUGUAAUGCAACAUACAUAUAUAAAAGGAAUCUAGAGGACCAUAUACUUAAGAAACAUCCUGAAUUUAUUGCUUCAGUUUCAAGUAAAAUACAUGAAUGCAAGCAUUGCACAUAUAAAACAACUUUUAAACAAUAUUUAAUUAGACAUAUGCUGAAACAUUCUGCGGCAGAUUACCCUAUGCGCACCAAGUGUUCUUACUGUAAUGCAACAUACACAACUAAGAUGGAUCUAGAUGAACAUAUGCUUGAGAUGCAUUCCGAGUUUAUUGCUUUGGCUUCCAGUACAAUACAUGAAUGUAAACAUUGCUCAUAUAAAACAAGUUUUAAACAAUCUCUAACUAAACAUAUGCUGAAACAUUCUGCGCCAGAUUACCCUAUGCGCACCAAGUGCUCUUACUGUAAUGCAACAUACACAACUAAGAUGAAUCUAGAUGAACAUAUACUUAGGAAACAUCCCGAGUUUACUGUAUCGGUUUCAAGUAAAAUAUAUGAAUGUAAAUAUUGUACAUAUAAAACCACUAGGAAACACCGCUUCGCUGAACAUAUGUACGAACAUUCUGAGGCAGAAGUUAGCUAUGAGAGCAACACAUGUAUCCACUGUAACGAAACAUUCAGGCAAAAGUUGAGCUUAGAUGUUCAUGUAAUUAAGAAACAUCCAGAGUUUAUUUCAUCGGUGUCAAGUAAGGUAUAUGAAUGUUUCCAUUGUGCAUAUAAAACAAUCUAUAAAAACCAUUUAGCUAAACAUGUGCUGAAACAUUCUUGGGCAGAAGGUAGCUAUGAGCACAACACGUGUAUUCACUGUAAUGCAACAUUUAAAACAAAAGAGUAUCUAGAUAAUCAUACAAUCAAAAAACAUCCAGACGUUCUGACAUCUGUUUCUAGUAAGAUACAUCAAUGCAAAUAUUGUACAUAUAAAACAACUAUUGCAAAUUAUUUAACUAAACAUAUGCGAAGUCAUCCUCCAGCAGAAAGCACCAAGUGUAGCUACUGUAAUAUAACGUACAAAACUAAAAGGGAACUGGAUGAGCAUACGCUUAGUAAUCAUCUUGACUUAAUUUCGACAGUAUCUAGUAAAAUUCGUGACUGUAAAUACUGCACAUAUAAAACCACAUACAAAAAAUAUUUAACUGAACAUAUGCUGGAACAUCCUACGGCAGAAGUGAUGCGUACCAAGUGUUCUUACUGUAAUGCAACAUACACAUCUAAAACGAAUCUAGAUGAACAUACACUUACGAAGCAUCCUGGGUUUACCUCAUCAGUUUCAAGUAAAAUACAUGAAUGUAAAUAUUGUACAUAUAAAACCACUUUGAAACACCGUUUAGCUAAACAUAUCUAUGAACAUCCUGAGGCGGACGCUAGCUAUAAUUACAACACGUGUGUUCACUGUAACGCAAAAUUCAGAUUAAAGUUGAGCUUAGAUUAUCACGUAAUUAAGAAACAUCCCGAAUUUGUUGCAUCGGUUUCAAGUCAAAUACAUGAGUGUGAAUAUUGUUCAUAUAAAACCACUGGGAAACAGCGUUUAGCUAAACAUGUACUGAAACAUUCUCUGGCAGAAGGUAGCAAGCCCAACACAUGCAAGCACUGUUACGCAACAUUCAAACUAAAGUCAAGCUUAGAUUAUCAUGUAGCUAAGAAACAUCCUGAAUUUGUUGCAUCGGUUUCAUGUAAAGUACAUGAAUGUAAACAUUGUCCCUAUAAAACUAAUAAAAAGCGCAGCUUAGCCAAACAUAUAGUGAAACAUUCUCAGCCAGAAGGUAGCUAUGAACAAAACACAUGCAUUCAUUGUAACGCAACAUUUAAAACCAAGGGAUAUCUAGAUAACCAUACGAAUAAAGAGCAUUCUGGCAUUAUUACAUCUGUUUCUGGCAAAAUACAAUAACGUAACAUUGUACAUAUACUGGGUGUCACACGUAGACCUGCUGAUAUCGGUUGCUUAAAAAGCUGACGUAAGACUAUUAUAAAAAUGUGGUUUUAUAUUACAGUAUAAAUACUACAGCUAAAAUAUUUUAAAAAUAAUGACACUUUCAGUUGUACCAGGUGUAGGAAUCUCUAUAUUAUUCAAUAUUUGGAUUCUACGCGAUAUUCUAAAUACAGUUUAUAUACAAGGUGUCCAGAAAUUGAAGGAUGAUCCUGCAAUUGGAGACUGACCUACUGUUUGCAAAAUUUUGUUCAUGCAAAAGUCUCAUGGGUUGCAAAAUAUAUGGCAAUCAAUUUUUAAUUUCAGCAAAAAUCACCGCCUUGUUUCAAUUUUUACAAAUAUCAAUAUUUUGAACCGGGUUUGUUUCAAAAUAUUUCCAGUUGAUUGUUACGUCAAUAUAAUUUUUUCUCGUCUUUUUUGCUUUCCUUUGUAAUAGGUUUGUUUUAGUAUGGACCUACUUUAGUAGAUUUUAUUCCGAAUUUGGAUAACAAAUUUUAGAUGGUGGUCAAUGAAAGAGACUGAAAGUUAGAAAACCUAAAAAGUCGGUCUACUUCGCAUAUUAAUAGUUUUCGAGAUAUAUGGAAAUAUCAGUUUUUCUAUAACAAAAAGGUUCUAGGAGGCUUUUACCAUAAGAUAAUCGAGAUCGAGAACAUACUUGCACAAAAUCAACUUUAUUCCAACGCUUAAUGUGAUGGAAGUAUAACAAAAUGUUCGCCAUGCAUUUCACCACGAAAGCGCAUCACAGCAUUCCGUCGUGGUGGAUAGCGUCGUCCUAAAAUUCAUUUGUCUCAACCCGUUAUCUCCCAUCGUACAUAUGAGAAACCUAUUACUGGUUUGUCUGCUUUUCUCAGCACAUGCCUUGUUCAGCAUCAUUCGUCUCACCAGUCUCUGGUGCAGUUAAAUCCGUAACAAUUAUAAGCACUAUUUAGUCGAUACCUGCAUCCAGUCCAGAAAUAUUCUCGAUUUUCAAUUUCGACGCCCAAUAUCUUGGUAAGGCGGCAUCAUAAGCCUCAUGUUUAUAUAAACUUUUCGUAUGGUUUUUGGACCACAGGCUUAAUGAUGUGCUAAUAUUGCAGGAUAUGAUUCUUCAAAUAAUUUUAGGAGAACAUUUUACAUGAACAUAUCGUCAGCUUGCUGCAAAAACAAGAUAACUCAAUUUUUCGAUUUUGGAGUUGAGUACAUUUUCACACAAUCAUAUACCUGUUUCGGAUAAAACUGUUUAAGAUAUGCUUUCGUAUAUUCUAAUUGUAUUUGAAUAAAAUUUGCAGUCCACUAUAAGUAAGGCUUGUCAAACAUGUAAACUUCAUUUUGGAAGUUAUCUGGUUUUUGCAGUAACCUGACGAUAUGUCUCCAAUGGUUUAAAAUUUUAUUUACAGGGUGUUAUAUUUUUUAAGAAACAAAUUGUUUUUAUUAUAUAUCCUCGAAAGUAUCAGCUGAUUUUGAUAUAUGUGUGAUGUUAUUAAACACUUAUACUUAGGCCAGGUUUUUCAAUCGCAAGUUAACUUUCAAGUUGCAUUGUUUGGAAGUUAACUUUAAGUUGCCCGAAAAUUCGCUUUACAUGUUUUUGUUAAUAGACUUGUAAUCGUUGGUGCGGCAACGCCGCUCUAUGUCGGACGUGUAACUGCAACAUUCUAUUUCACCAAUAGAGAGUUUUUAGUGCUAUUCCUUAUGAUCUUCGUUAUUACGAUUUUGCACAGCAUCCAAACAAUCCUUUGUUCUCCGCUAUCGAAAUAAGAAAGCUCCGUUAGCCUCCCUAUUUGCUAUCACUGUCAACAAUAUCGCAACGUAGGCUUAACGAUUCGUUACACUAAAAACUCUCUAAUACCUGAUUUGUUGGCUAAAGUUAAAUAACGCUUAGGGCAAACCUGAUGUCGAAAAACACUUUUUUAGAUUUAACUUCUGGUUAGCAGUGAAAUUGAAGUUAACUUGCAUUUGCAAAACCGGUCCUUAGAUAAAUAUGUGACGACUUCCUUAUAUGAUUAUACUGAGUUGAAUAAAG